GGCUAUAAAAAGCGGCGGCUCGGGCUGGCAGCUCCGAGCUAGCUAGCGAGCCAGUGAGCGCGCGGAGCAGAGCGAGGAGCGCCAGCUACGCAGAGUGGCAGUGGUCUGCUGCCGGGGGGCAGACCGUGUCCAGGGAGACCCGAAUCUGCACCCCACUUCUCGUGAGCGCCUGUCCAGUUUGCUCGCGCUCAGGGGCUCCACGCUCGGGAUCAGAUACCAGACUCCGGGAUGCUGCGCUCCAGGUCUCCGAGGCGUGGCACUGUCUCGGUGGUCAACCUGAGGGAGCAAGCUGUUGGCAUGAGAGCUGCUGGGAGGCACGAUGUCUCCCUAAAGGUCGUGCUGGCCAUGGGCUGGCUCUUCCUGGCCGGCUUCUCGGGGGCCACAUCAGCAGUAGCAACUGAAUGUCCUGACCAGAACCCUGAGCUGCAGCCUUGGACCCCUGGCCAUGACAGAGACCAUCAAGUACACAUUGGUCAUGGCAGGAAACUGCUGCUCACCUCUUCUGCUACAGUCCAUUCCAUCACCAUCUCAGAGGGAGGAAAGCUUGUCAUUAAAGACCACCAUGAGCACAUCGUGCUGCGGGCCCGGCACAUCCUGAUUGAUGAUGGUGGAGAGCUGCAUGCUGGGAGCGCCCUCUGCCCUUUUGAGGGCAAUUUCAGCAUUGUGCUGUAUGGAAGAGCUGAUGAAGGCAUCCAGCCAGACCCUUACUACGGCCUGAAGUACAUUGGAGUGGGCAGAGGAGGCACUCUUGAGUUGCACGGACAGAAAAAGCUCUCCUGGACAUUCCUAAACAAGACCCUUCGUCCUGGUGGCAUGCAGGAGGGAGGAUAUUUUUUUGAAAGGAGCUGGGGCCACCGUGGAGUCAUUGUUCAUGUCAUUGAUGCCAAGUCAGGCACAGUUGUCCAUUCUGACCGGUUUGACACCUACAGAUCCAAGAAAGAAAGUGAACGUCUGGUCCAGUAUCUGAAUGCGGUGCCUGAUGGCAGGAUCCUUUCUGUUGCGGUGAACGACGAAGGUUCUAGAAACUUGGAUGACACAGCCCGGAAGGCAAUGACCAAACUGGGCAGCAAGCACUUCCUCCACCUUGGAUUUAGACACCCUUGGAGCUUCAUCACCGUGAAAGGAAAUCCUUCCUCUUCAGUUGAAGAUCACAUAGAAUACCAUGGUCACAAAGGCUCAGCUGCUGCCCGGGUUUUCAAACUGUUCCAGACAGAGCAUGGUGAACAUUUCAAUGUUUCUUCAUCCAGCGAAUGGGUUCAAGAUGUGGAAUGGACAGACUGGUUUGAUCAUGAUAAUGUGCCUCAGAGCAAAGGCGGGGAGAAAAUUUCAGACCUCCGAGCAGCUCACCCAGGAAAAAUCUGCAAUCGACCCAUUGACAUACAGGCCACAACAAUGGAUGGAAUCACCCUUAGCACUGAGGUUGUCUACAAAAAUGGCCAAGAUUACAGGUUCGCUUGCUACAGCCGGGGCCGAGCCUGCCGCAGCUACCGAGUGCGGUUCCUAUGUGGGAAACCUGUGAGGCCCAAGCUCACGGUCAGCAUCGACACCAACGUAAACAGCACCAUCCUGAGUCUGGUGGACAAUGUGCAGUCGUGGAGGCCUGGAGACACCCUGGUCGUCGCCAGCACUGACUACUCAAUGUAUCAGGCAGAAGAGUUCCAGGUGCUCCCCUGCAAAGCCUGUACCUCUACACAGGUCAGAGUGGCAGGGAAGCCACAGUACCUACAUACUGGGGAGGAGAUUGAUGGCGUGGACAUGCGGGCCGAGGUUGGACUCCUGACUCGGAACAUCGUGGUGAUGGGAGAGAUGGAGGACAAAUGCUACCCCUACAGCAACCACAUCUGUGACUUCUUUGACUUCGAUACCUUUGGGGGACACAUCAAGUUUGCACUGGGGUUUAAAGCAGCCCACUUGGAGGGCGUGGAGCUGAAGUACAUGGGGCAGCAGCUGGUGGGCCAGUACCCAAUUCACUUCCAUCUGGCCGGAGAUUUGGACGAACAGGGAGGCUAUGACCCACCUACGUACAUCAGGGACCUCUCCAUCCACCACACAUUCUCCCGCUGCGUCACUGUCCACGGCUCCAAUGGUCUGUUGAUCAAGGAUGUUGUGGGCUAUAAUUCUUUGGGCCACUGCUUCUUCACUGAAGAUGGGCCAGAGGAACGCAACACUUUUGACCACUGCCUUGGCCUCCUGGUAAAGUCAGGGACCCUCCUCCCAUCGGAUCGGGACAGCAGGAUGUGCAAAGUGAUCACAGAGGACUCAUACCCAGGGUACAUCCCCAAGCCCAGGCAGGACUGCAAUGCUGUGUCGACUUUCUGGAUGGCGAAUCCUAACAACAAUCUCAUCAACUGUGCAGCUGCAGGGUCAGAGGAAACUGGAUUUUGGUUCAUUUUUCACCAUGUGCCAACGGGCCCCUCCGUGGGAAUGUAUUCCCCAGGAUAUUCUGAGCACAGUCCGCUGGGGAAAUUCUACAACAACCGAGCACAUUCUAACUACCGGGCUGGCAUGAUCAUAGACAAUGGAGUCAAGACUACUGAGGCCUCAGCCAAGGACAAACGACCCUUCCUCUCCAUUAUCUCUGCUAGGUACAGCCCUCACAAGGACGCAGACCCACUGAAACCCCGGGAGCCAGCCAUCAUUCGCCACUUUACCGCCUACAAGAACCAGGAUCAUGGAGCCUGGCUUCGGGGUGGGGACGUGUGGCUGGACAGCUGCCGGUUUGCUGAUAAUGGCAUUGGUCUGACCCUGGCCAGUGGUGGAACCUUCCCAUAUGAUGAUGGCUCUAAGCAAGAGAUAAAGAACAGCUUGUUUGUUGGCGAGAGUGGCAAUGUGGGCACGGAAAUGAUGGACAACAGGAUCUGGGGCCCGGGUGGCUUGGACCACAGCGGAAGGACCCUCCCUAUUGGCCAGAAUUUUCCGAUUAGAGGGAUCCAGUUCUAUGAUGGUCCCAUCAACAUCCAGAACUGCACCUUCCGCAAGUUUGCAGCCCUCGAGGGCCGACACACUAGCGCCUUGGCUUUCCGCCUAAACAAUGCCUGGCAGAGCUGCCCCCACAACAACGUGACCAACAUUGCCUUUGAGGAUGUCCCGAUUACUUCCAGAGUGUUUUUCGGAGAGCCCGGGCCCUGGUUCAACCAGCUGGACAUGGAUGGCGACAAGACAUCUGUGUUCCACGAUGUGGAUGGCUCUGUGUCAGAGUACCCCGGCUCCUACCUCACGAAGGACGACAACUGGCUGGUUCGACACCCAGACUGCAUCAACGUGCCAGACUGGAGAGGGGCCAUCUGCAGUGGGCGCUACGCACAGAUGUACAUCCAGGCCUACAAGAGCAGCAACCUGCGCAUGAAGAUCAUCAAGAAUGACUUCCCCAGCCACCCCCUCUAUCUGGAGGGGGCCCUGACCAGGAGCACCCACUACCAGCAGUAUCAGCCCGUCAUCACCCUGCAGAAGGGCUAUACCAUCCACUGGGACCAGACAGCGCCUGCUGAGCUUGCCAUCUGGCUCAUCAACUUUAACAAGGGUGACUGGAUCCGAGUGGGGCUCUGCUACCCAAGAGGCACCACCUUCUCCAUCCUUUCAGAUGUUCAUAAUCGCCUGCUGAAACAAACAUCCAAGACUGGGACCUUUGUAAGGACCCUGCAGAUGGACAAGGUGGAACAGAGCUAUCCUGGCAGGAACCACUACUACUGGGAUGAGGAUUCUGGAUUGCUCUUCUUGAAGCUGAAAGCCCAGAACGAAAGGGAGAGGUUUGCUUUCUGUUCCAUGAAGGGCUGUGAGAGAAUCAAGAUUAAAGCUCUGAUCCCAAGAAAUGCAGGCAUCAGUGACUGCACAGCCACCGCUUACCCCAGGUUCACCGAGAGGGCCUUGGUGGAUGUGCCAAUGCCCAAGAAGCUCUUUGGGGCUCAACUGAAGACAAAAGACCACUUCCUGGAAGUGAAGAUGGAAAGUUUCAGGCAACACUUUUUCCACCUUCGGAAUGACUUCGCUUAUAUUGAAGUGGAUGGCAGGAAGUACCCUUGCUCAGAAGAUGGCGUCCAGGUGGUGGUGAUUGAUGGGAACCGAGGUCAUGUGGUGAGCCACGGGAGCUUCAGAACUGCCACUCUGCAGGGCAUACCCUGGCAGCUCUUCAACUAUGUGGCAGCUGUCCCUGACAAUUCCAUAGUUCUCAUGGUAUCAAAGGGCAGAUACAUCACCAGAGGCCCAUGGACCAGAGUGCUGGAAAAGCUUGGGGCAGAAAAAGGUCUCAAGUUGAAAGAAAAAAUGGCAUUCGUUGGCUUCAAAGGCAGCUUCCGACCCACCUGGGUGACUCUGGAGACUGAAGAACACAAGGCCAAGAUCUUCCAAGUGGUGCCCAUCCCUGUGGUGAGGAAGAAGAAGCUGUAAGGACAGUUGCCACUUGGUAUCACCCCAGGCUGGACUCCUACAGCAGCCGGGGGCAGGAUGGCUGGGUCCCCUGGUUUUCAGCUCUGCUGGACUAAGGGACAGGUAUCAGAGACCUUGGUGCUGCCACCUGCCCCUACUCAAGUCUACCUGCAGCCCCUGGGCAGUGUUGGCUGAUGCUACAACCUCCUCUUGGGUGCUUCUCUCCUGACUAUGCCUCAUCAGUAGGCAUGGGGACCAUACAAAGAGACCUGGGUUGUGCUUGCAGUAAAGGGCCACUUGGGCAGGAACCUGAGCCCAGCUAGGGGGUGGUCUGGAUAAUGGGACCACACACACAUUUCUACAGUCACUUGCAAAUGUAUUAAGUGGCAGAUGAUGGGAGAUACAUCUUUAUUCGGGUAAGAGAGAGUAGGGCUUCCUGGGAUUAGGAGCAGGCAUGCAGACAGAGCUGGCCAGGGUGGCAGACUGCACUGGGGAGGAGGUGGAGUCCUGUGUCUAGAGGGGAUCCCUUUUCAAGAGACUUCAGCUGGUGCACUGGGAUGGGGACUAGGUGGCUCCUAAGGGUCCUUCCUGAGAUUGCAGAACUCUACAGUGUUUUGCUCUGUGCUUGGAGCCCACCAGUAGAAGUAAUCAUUGCAGCUGACAUCUCCACUGAAAGUGCCCUGGAUACAGAAGAUGGAGACAUGAGAGCUCACACCUGGGAGUCUGGGGUCAGCAGACUCAGGUGACAGGCAGCCAGGUCUCAGUACACUCUGAUAGCAGUUUGAGAGCCAGAAAGAAGUGACACAGUUGACCAGUGUCAGAGCAGGGGAAGUUCUUACCACCCAGGGGCAUGGGGAAGGCUUCUUCUAGCAGGUCAUGAGGCUGGCAGGUGCGAAGGACAGAGACGGUGGAGAGAGAUGAGGUGGCCUCUGGCAUGGCCCCGAGUUGAAGGCUUUCCUGCCACCACCAGCAGUAUCUGAGCCCCCUACGGCUGACCCACUUGUGAUAGAGCAGCAGGGUCUGCGGAGAGAAAUGGGCUGAGCUCAGGUGCACAGAGCCUUGCUCAGGUUGGUCUCCAGGCCAGGCCACUCUGACUCUGAGAGAGGGUGCAGUGCAGUUCACAGACCCGAGGCUCUACAAUGGGUCUACGGUGUUGGGUCUAUGGUGUGCUUCAGCUAGGAGCUGAGCAGAAGACUCCAGGGAAUCUGAGCACGCUCACAGCACAGUGAACCUGAGACAUCAGAGAUGGAGAGGAUCUUGGGGGCUCUUGAGAACCACCUAGUUCAGCCCAUUGUACCUACAUCUGAGGAUAAUGAUACUUGAGAUGAGAAAGAACCACACAGCCAUGUCUGUGAGCCCCAAACUCAGCACCCACUGCCACAUCACACUGCCUCAGCAGCUUGUCUGGGGUGCCCAGUGCUCCAGAAGUAGCUUCUGGAAGGGGCUAUAUCCCCCGAAAGGGGAGAAAAAGGCCAGAAUAUAAUGAUCUUUUGUAAAGGGCUUUUCCCUCUUGCUCUUCAGUACACACUGCCCACCCUCCCCUAGGCAGCAGCUCUGCCACCUUCACCUUCUUUACAGUACCUGCCACACUUGAGCAUGGGCUACUCAUGACUGUGGAAUCCUCUUGGUGCUACCUUAUUCCACAGUGGUGCUGGUAUGCCCAAUGAAUAGCACCAAGAUAUUCCAAUGUGCUUCUGGUGGGCCAGUUGGCUCCUCGUUGGAAUUUGAGAGUGGUUGGCUCCAGCCCAGGAUCUCUUAGCUAGUCAGAGCAAAUAGCUUAGAUGCCCAGAUGAGUGGCAACUAUCUGUGUUUGGUAUUCUUCUGAGACAUCAGGGUUUUCCUGGGCUUCAAUAAUGGGAUAGGUCCUUUCCUCUACGAACACAAACUUUGUUUCAAAGAAGACUUGCUUGGCCCCCUCUGUCCAGUGAUGUCAAGGGGCCUUAUUUCCAGAGUCCACUCUCCAGGCUGAGCCAACUCCCAUGGGGUCUUUCCCACUGAAUGGGUCAUCCAGCUGCUGGGAGGUGGCUGUGGGACACUGCUUCUUAAAGACAUGGCUGCUUCAGUGACCAAUGUCAGAGGAAAGACCCCCUUCUGGGUAGAUGAGCAGAGAGGGGAAGGGGAUAAAAGUGACCUCAUGUUCUUCUUGUCUAAGUUUCACUGAAUUUUCAAUGCGAGGGUCUCACACUGUGAACCACUGAAGAUGCAAUCACUUUCAGGUGGCCAUGAAUGUUGAAUGUCUUUGGCUCAGUUCAUUUCAGUAAAUACUUAUUGGAAAGUUCUGCAGGUUGUACAUAUGUCAAACGGUACAGGGUUCUGUAUAGAAAGUAUUCUUUCCUAAACCAUCCAAGAGUCAAUGUCCAGGCAUUUUCUUGGUAACACAAAUGUCUUUCUUGCUUAGAAGGCUGCUCUUGUCCUUUCUGUUUGUCAACAUUGCCAUUGAGUCAGAGGCCUUUGAUUAAAAGGCUCCUCUUCUUCCUGUUGGCUAAAUAGCUGGUCCUUUCUCGGGAAUUGGAUGUACAGUCUGUUUUGUAUGUAAAUGUUUCUUGUAGAUGUCAUCAUGAACAAAGGUGUAUUUCUAUUUAUUUAUUAUACAUGCACUUCAAGAAGUUACUGUCAGAGAAUUAAAGAGUCAUCUUGAGUAUUAUAUUAGAGGAUAUCCUUUGGACCACUAGGAAGGGGUAUGUGCAGAGCCAAGGACAUCAGCUCUGGGUUGGACAAUUCCUGAUGUACCAUAUUAAACAUACAAAGGA